GAAACAAWGCCCGGGACGGUGGCAGCUCCAGGGUCCCGUCGGCCGCUCUCCCAUCGGCACCAACCAGACGUGUUUUUCUCCCCCAGCSGUUCAAAGAACUCCGGGAAAAGCUUUCGGGGAACAGGUUUCCCCAAAUCCCGGCGGGGAGCCGCUCUGAUGUGGGGACGGAGCUUCAGCCCAGCAGGAGAAAUCCCAAAACGCUUUGGAGGAGCUCGGUCAAAGGCUGAACUCGAGCUCGGAGGUCUCAUCCAAGUUUAAUAAUCCCAAAAUUCCUCCCCGCUGUGGGAACCGGCUCCUUCUUUUCCGCCUCCGAGGCUUCUCCCGAGCCGGGAUCUCCCUGCCCGGUGCCACCAGCAGCUUUGCAAAGGCGCCGCUGAGGCAGGAGGGCAAAUUGGCUCUUUCAGUCAGCGGCCCGGGAGCCUCCCAGACCCCACCUUCGGCCUUAAAAGACUUUUAAUUGACGGCUGCGAGAGAAAAUACCCAGUGGGCAGCUCCAGGAGUGCCGCAGAUAAUCAUCAGGGUGCCCUACAUACGGCUUGGCUGCGAGAUCAGACGGGCCAGAAGAAUCCGACAUUGUUCCAAAUGAACAGGAGAGGGAAGUAACAAGUCCGUAAUUACUCACCUCGAGUUAAUUGACGGUAAUUACAGCGAGUAGGCAGUGCAGGAAGCAGCGACGGGCUGGCCCGGCAGAGUCACGGGGAGGGUGCCCUGCGCACCGCGGCUCCCAGGGGGUUAAACUCCAUGGGUUUGGUCGGGAUUUUUUUUUUUUCUUCUUCCUUUUCCCUCCCUCCCGGGUUAUUUGCAGCAAACAGAGCCGGGGUGCAAGGGCUGAGCUGAGCCUUUGCUCCUGGGGAGGGACCGGCAUUUGUCGCCGGGCACUUCCCGGGCCGGGGGUUGUCCCGGCUGGCAGCGCGGGGCUGCUCCGUGCCCGAGYCCCCCCGUGCCACCCCCAUGGGGGAUGACAUCGACUGGCUGGACCUGCCGGGCAGGUGGACCUACGGCGUGUGCGGCGACGGGCGAAUCUUCUUCAUCGACGACGACACCAAAUCCACGAGCUGGGUGCACCCCGGCACGGGCUACGCCAUCCAGAGCGGGCACUUCUCCUGCGCSGGGCUGCCCCGAGGCUGGGAAGUGGACAGCACYAUGCACGGCGGCCUCUACUUCAUCAAGCCGGCGACAGACGCCCCGCUCCGAACAGCCCGCGGGCCGGGGAUGGGCCGGGCGCCUGGGGAUGGGGCCGGCUCCGUGAUCCCCUAAGUCCUGUCCGUGAUCCCCCACACCGGCUCCGUGAUCCCCCCACACCGGCUCCGUGAUCCCCCGGGCCCUGUCCACAAUUCCCGUGUUAUUUCCACAAUUCCCGUGUUAUUUCUACAAUUCCCCUGUUAUUUCCACAAUUCCCGUGCCGUGUCCGUGAUCCCCCAUGCCCUGUUCGUGAUCCCCCCGUGCUCUGACCACAAUUCUCGUGUUGUUUCCACAAUUCCCGUGUUGUUUCCACAAUUUCCGUGCUGUAUCCGUGAU